AUGAGGUCCGUCGCUCUUGUAUUUUUGUUCAUCGGUGUGUGUUAUUGUCAAAUCGAAUUCAAUGAAAGACCAAGGAACUUUAGUAUGGAACUGUUGUACUACACACAGUUGGCCACAGGCGGCCAUGUGGUGAUAUCGCCGUUCGGAAUAUGGACCCUCAUGACUGGCAUUGCACUUGGAGCAACGGGCAACAGUUACAGGCAGCUCGGUACAGCGUUCUUCCUGCCUUACGACCAAAACACAUUAAUAAAAGGCUACAAAGAUUUAACGAGCACAGUUUUAACGCAGUCAAACGGAGUCAGCUUAAUAAGCAAGAAUUUCGUGUUUCUGGACAACGAUUUCACUGUUUACCAAAACUUUAAAACGAGUUUGCAAAAUGAUUUUGGCGCUGCUAUUAAAAUUUUAGAUUUUGACGAUCCGAAUUCAGCUAGGAUAGCGAACACGUACAUCGAGAAAUCAGGCGGCCGUGUGUCCAAUGUUCUCAGAUCGGAUGACUUCCGUGAAUCCAGAAUGAUAUUAGCAAACGUGAUUUCUUUCAAAGGAUUGUGGGCUUCACCGUUCAAUAAAUCGGACACGGUUUUGGAACCAUUCUACAAUGAAUAUAAAGAAGUUAUUGGCAGUGUUAAUAUGAUGUUUCAGAAAGGACAGUUUGCGUUCUCCAAUAUACAGAGGUUAAAGUCCUUCGCUGUUGAAUUACCUUAUAGUUCUAACGGAAAGUACUCAAUGUUAGUGAUGCUGCCAUACCCUUCAGUAAAAAUCAAUGAGGUAUACAAGAAUUUCACUCAAGUUACUUUGAAGGAUGUGUUCAAAAAGCUACAAGAUGACGCUAAUGCAUAUGGUAUUGAAGAUGUUGAUGUGAAAUUGCCAAGAUUCCAUAUAAGCACGAAUGUUGUUUUAAACAAGCCUCUAAACGACAUGGGUGUUUAUGAUAUAUUCCAACCAGAUUUGGCAGAUUUCCAACGCGUAUCCAAGGAUAGUAUAUUCGUGUCAGCUAUAGUACAUAAGGCUGAUAUAGAAGUGACAGAAUCAGGCACUAUUGCGUCGGCGGCGACAACGGCAACUUUCGCCGACAGGAUAUCGGCACCGUACUUUUACGCGAACCGGCCUUUCUUAUACUUCGUUAUGGAGAAAUCGACGACAACUGUGAUAUUUAGUGGCAUUUAUUCUAAACCUACAGUAUAUUGA